AUGUGUUCUUUGUGUAGGCUAGAUCUUACAGCUGCUGGGAAGGAGGCAUUUUUCUGUGAGGUGAAACAGUGUGUUACUGGCAGCCAUGGUCUUGAUGUUCAGUUUAGUGGAAUCAAUUUCCUGGAAUCUCUGGUAUCUGAAUUUUCUCCGUCUACUUCAAGUGCCAUGGGCCUUCCUAGGGAGUUUCAUGAGCAGUGCCGGGCAUCAUUAGAGCUCGACUAUCUGAAGGCAUUCUAUUGUUGGGCACAAGAGGCUGCUCUAAGUGUCACAAGCAGAAUAAUUGAGUCGGAUUCUGCUGAACUGGAGAGUGGUCGGGGUGAAAAACAGCAUAGAUGUUUUUCUGCCGGAGUUCGACAAGAUAGUAACUCACUGAGGGCUGAAUGUACCUUAGUGCAGCCUGGUCCUUCUUGGCAUGAUGUUCUGAUUUCAAGUGGUCAUAUUGGCUGGCUUUUGAACUUUUAUGGUGCACUGAGACAGAAGUUUUCUCGGGAAGGUUACUGGCUGGACUGUCCUAUAGCAGUUUCUGCUCGAAAGCUCAUAGUACAGUUCUGCUCCUUGACAGGAACUAUAUUUCCAUCUGGUAUUGAAUUCUUCUUAGUACCUUCUAUUUGA